AUGUCGGAUCAGCAAACAUAUGUAAGGAAACGUUUGGGGUUUAAGUUCCGCAUAGAGUACAAACCAGGGGUUUUCAAUCGAGUGGCUGAUGCCUUGUCCAGGGUACCAGCAGAGAAGGCAGAGGACGAUAACUUGGGUUCGACGGCUCUUAUGGCAUUGGUUUCCUCCCCCAUAUUUGGGAUUGUACAGCAACCCAGGAAGAAGAACAGUUCAGACCUGUUUUUAUUGGCCUUUAAGCAACAAUUGGCACAAAAUAAUCUACCUCAUCCUUAUACCAUAGUUGGUGGCGUGCUUCUGCAUCAUGGUAGAUAUGUUAUCAACCCAGCCUCGCCUCUAUGUUCCACUGUCAUUAGGGAAUUUCAUGACGCUCCGAGUGGUGGACAUGCGGGUAUCAAAGAUACCCUUGUUUGA